AUGCCGCCAUCUCACCUGCCCCAGCCGCUCUCGCCAUCAUCACAGGGGGAGCCGUCGCCAUCAAGGCAGUCAGGAACGCCCUCGCACAGCCGCUCGGCCAGCCUGGCGAGGGGAUCUGGCGAGCUGGACGCUCCCUUUGUGGAAGGCAGCGCCCGUGUGCAGCGCCUGCCCUCCAACACCCUUGGCCCUGGCCCCCCGGGGCAGACCAUGCCAGAUGGCGCCGUCUAUGACCGCAUCCGAGCUGCACUCGGGGAACAAAUGCCCAAGUUGCCUGGGCCGCUGCUGAGCGCAGUGACAAUCUGCCUGAUGGAGGCUCGUCCCAGGGGCUACGCGCCGUUGGGGCUGCAUGCGGAUGUGCCCAAUAUCCCACAGGGGCUUGCGGAUGGGUCUUCUCAGCUGGCACAAGAUGACAGAUACACAGACAGGAAGUGGUGUGCGGUGUUGGCAGACGACCUGAAGAACAAAGAGCAGGCCAGGUCCAACGGCCGACAGUAUGCGCUGGAUCUUCUGGCCGCCAUGAAGCAGGCAUACAUGGCGGGAGCAUCGCUGCCGGCAUUCGCGGAAAACGGCGCCGGCUAUGAGCGCGCCAAAACAGGUCGGGGCCAGGAGCAGGGAGGGAACGCCGCGCACAAAGAGGAGGUGCCGGCGCACCUGGAGUCGGCGCUGCUGCAGCUCAUCCAGGACCCCUCCCUGGCGGAUCCCCCGCUGCCAAACUCCCAGCUGCCGCCGUCAAUGCAGGGACCCCCCUUCGGGACCCCCUGCGACCUUCCAGAGGAAGCUGCGGAGUGGCUUGGGAGCAGAGCAUUUGAGAGAUUCCAGGCUGCUGCUCUCAAGGAUAUGAAGAAUCUGCUACUGGACAAAGGUGGCCUCACGCUGAGCGAGGACAUCGACUUUGGCAGCCACCAGAUGACUACGCCUGCCAGCCUGUUCGGCCAUUAUCCCUCCCAUCUAGAGCCCUUGGCCUCUCUGGUGGCCCGCAUGCAGCCGUCUCACACCGGAGAAGCAAGCGGCAGGGCGCUGUACUUCAGGACAAUGAGCGCCUUCAACCGGGGCAGCCACCAGGCUCUGCUGGCGGACGUGCGCAUCGUGCCGGCCAGGCCGCACACAUUCGCUCUGCUGGAUGACGCCGGGAUUACUAAAAACGCCGGCGUGCUUAGUCGCGGCCGAGGAACGGCGGUAAAGCUUCCGGACGGCCGGCGCUACCUUGCCACGCUCAUCAUGGAUGCCUCUGCGGGGCCCCACAGAGAGGAGGAGUCCGGCGUGCUGCAUGCAUUGGUGCUCUUCACGUUCCUGGUGCCUUGGAAGGAGGGCAGCGAGCCCGGCUGGGCGCUGCACGGCUUUGCCGCCUCGCGCGGCCACUCCUGCGGCUGCUGUGCCCUGCUGCCUGGCGGCGGACAUGCCAUCACCGUCAUCGGCAGGAGAGUGUCAGUGUCGCUGGCACGUCGCAGCGACCAGAUAGCGAGCCUGCUGCGAGUGGAUGCGCGGCCGUUUGUGAUUGCUGCCUUGAAGACGCUGUUUGAACAGCCGCCGACCGCCUUCCAUGCAGCCAGCCUGGACUUGAGCGAGCUCUUUGGCAAGGAUGGGAGAAAGGGAGGGCCACCACUGGCGGCCAGAGCUCAGCGCGGGCAGGCGCUGGCGCAGCGUAAUGCGGCAGCUUUGGAUGCCGCAAGCAAGGGGAGCCAGCAGGCAGCGCGGUACUCGCAGCGGCUGCACCGCAUGUUGCGGCUGGAGGAAUCUGCCAUGGAAUCCGACAUCUGCCGGUACGACAUGUUCAACGUGCGGCUGAGCUACGCGACCGUGUUCCCGACGCGGCGCUACACGCUGCAGAGCGCCUGGCGCAGCCCCUCAGUAAGCGUGGGGCGCUACCUGGGCCCCAGCCUCGACUACAUUCUGCCGGCAACCUCCAAGGAUGAGCCGCCCGUCCUGGCAGUGGUGGAAGUGCCGGGCCUCCCCGAGGGGCGGCCCGCGCUGCUGUUGGCGGACACAGUCUACCUGAGGGCCGCCGAGGAGGAAUCUAUCGAGUAUGCUGCGGCGGUGGUGGCUGUCGAGUCUACUCUGGCGUUCCUGGCCCUGCCCCAGCAAUUCUGGGACUCAAAACCACUGAAGGGUGCAUCCACAUCCAGUCCGUCAAAUCCGCUGUUCCACGUCCGCUUCACCUUUGAUCGGACGCCGCUGCGCCGCAUGCACGCCGCCGUAGACCAGGCCUCCAACCCACACUUUCAGGAGCUACCGGCGCCAAAGGACGUCCUGCCGGACGACCUCUACGCAUCAGAACCAGAACAGGAGACGGUGGCCGGCCCGAGCCUGGAGGAGGUGGACGCCUGCGCGGAGGGUAUCUGCGAGGAGGGAAUGCGCGUCCUCAACUUUGAGCAGCGCCUGGCCGUCGCCUCGGUGCUCUGCGGUGCCGGCGGGGGGACCCCCUUUGCUCUCUUUGGACCCCCCGGCACCGGCAAGACCGUCACCCUGGUCGAGUGCGCCCUGCAGGUGCUGAAGCGCGAGCCGGCUGCCAAGCUGCUGCUGUGCGCGCCACAGAACUACUCGGCCGACCUGCUGGCGUCUGCGCUCUCUGCCAAGGUCCCCACCAGCGACAUGCUGCGGCUCAACGACCCCCGGAGACCCCCCAACCAGGUGAAAGCGGACGUGCUGCCGUACUGCAAGCUGAGCGAGCCGGUUGGCGCAUUCAUGCUGCCAUCUUCCGAGCGGGUGGCGGCUGUGCGGGUGAUCGUGGCCACGUGUGGCGCGGCUGGCAUUCUCCGCGAGGGGGCCUACCCGGGGUGCAGCUUCACGCAUGUCAUGAUCGACGAGGCGGGGCAGGCGCUGCUGCCAGAGGCGCUGGUACCUCUCACGUUGUUGCGCCAAGAGCCGGGCUGCAGAGCGCUGCUGUGCGGCGACCCCAGGCAGCUGGGGCCGGUGGUGCGCUCUGUGGCGGCCGCCACUGGCGGCGGGCUCGGGGACGGCCUGACAAUCUCUCUGCUGGAGCGCUUCAUCGAUGCGCACCGGGAGGACGUCCCCCGCCUGCUCGCAUCCAAUCGCGCCCCCGCGACAGGCAUGCUGGUGCGCAACUACCGCAGCCACAGCUCGCUGCUGCAGAUCCCCAACCGUCUCUUCUAUGGCGACUCCCUCCUGGCCGCCGCCGACCAGCGCGCGCUGCUGCCCCCCCGCUGGGACUCCCUCGCCGCCACCGCCGCCGACCGAGAGGACCUGGCGGCGCUCCCGGAAGGGCAGCCCACAGAAGCCGCAGCCGGGCAGCCCAACGGCGUGGCACAUGCCAGUGGAGAGGGCUUGGAGGAUGGCGGCGUAGCGGUGAAAGAAGAGCGGCAAUCAGAGGACGGGGCAGAACGCGGGGAGGAGCAUGCGCAUGGAAGCGACGGGGCUGAUGCUGAGGAAGAUGCGCUGGAUGAGGAGCAUUUGCCCAGCACGCUGUUCUUUGGAGUGCGCGGGCAACAGAUGCGGGAGGGCGAGGCGCCGAGCUACUUCAAUGCGGAGGAGGCGGCGGCGCUGGUGGGCCUGGUGGAGGGACUGCUGGCGCAGACCAGCGCCAACGGAAAAAUCGGCGUGCAGCCAAACGACCUCGGCGUCAUUGCCACCUACCGCAAGCAGGUGCAGAAGAUCCGGCUGCUGCUGAGAGAACGGGGCCUUGGCGCGGUGCGCGUGGGCACCGUAGAUGACUACCAAGGCCAAGAGGAGCGCAUCAUCUUCAUCUCCACGGUGCUGACUAAGCGCGAGUCGCUGCCACCGGUGCACGCGGACGGCGAGGAGGCGGACGUGCAUGUCGGCUUCUGGCGCAACCCCAAGCGCUUCAACGUCGCCAUCACUCGCGCGCGCGCACUUCUCGUCGUCGUGGGCCAUCCUGUGGUACUCAUGGAGGAUCCGAGCUGGCGGGAGCUGCUGCGCUUCUGCGCGCUGCGCGGCGCGUACCGCGGGGCCGGAUCUGAGCUGAUGGCCGCCAUGCUGCGAGCGGAUGGCGCAGACGGAGGCGACCUGUUCGGUUUCGCCAACGCGCUCACAGAGCAGCCGCCAGGCAAGCCCUCUUUGCCUGCUUGGAGCACAUUUGCCUAG